AUGGGAGUGGUAAUAAUCGACGGGUCAACCGUCCGGGCGUUCGUGGCCGACGAGGCUCAGUUUCAGAAGAGCGUGGACGAGGCCUUCGCCUCCCUCGACCUCAACAGCGACGGCGUCCUCUCCCGGUCGGAGCUCCGCCGCGCCUUCGAGUCGCUCCGCCUCAUCGAGACCCACUUCGGCGACGACGUGGCCACGCCGCCCGAGGAGCUGACGAGGCUCUACGACUCCAUCUUCGAGAAGUUUGACUGUGACCACAGCGGCACCGUUGACCGGGCCGAGUUCCGGGCCGAGCUCAAGAAUAUACUGCUGGCCAUAGCCGACGGGCUCGGGUCGAACCCGAUCCAGAUGGCGCUCGAGGAUGACGACAAGAGUUUCCUCAAGCAGGCGGCGGAUCUCGAGGCCUCCAAGGUGGGUUGA